CCUAUUGAUCUGACCUUCUCUGAGGCUACAAACAUAUGAACACCGAGACCACCGAUGGUAGCAGAGAGAGAGAGAAGAACAUACUUAAGCAAGAGUGUGUAUGAGUAAAGCAAUACCUGACAAUUAUUUUAAGAAUCAAUCCUCAUGCUUCACCAAACAACCGAACACAUUUCCACCUCUCAAUCGUGUCCCAUUGGUAGCUAGCAUAAUCCGUGUGCUCAAAAGCACUACAACACGCACACGUUACACCCUCAAGUGCUGGUGCGCCAACAAACAUCUUUGCAGGGCUUCAAAAUGCAAAAGAAGCCCAGAUUCGACCCGUUUCCCAUCCUCUUUCUCUGAACUCUCCACCCGCCCCCCCCAACGCCACCAGGGAUGCAAAAAGAUGGUAUACAGGCUCUCCGCAGGGCAAAAGAACGACGCCUGCAGGACUCGAACCUGCGCUCCCGAAGGAAAUAGAUUUCUAGUCUAUCGCUAUAACCACUCAGCCAAAGCGCCAGUAAUUGCGAGUAAUGCCAGUGAGCUAUCUCAGAUCGAACAAGUCUGUCUCUCUCAUCAAUUAGUGCUCCAGGCCAAGCAGCGUUCCAAGAGUAUCGUCCUCUUCCUCGAAAACAUCUGUCAGUGAUCCUCUGUGGUUGGUCGUUGAAGGCGAGACGAAUUUACGGUAGAAUUUUGUGCGUCAAGGCUCGCUAAAGACAAACACCUGAGAAGUCUUGCAAAGUCGGCGUCUGCUCCAAU